AUGGCCAUCCUACCACGAAGUUGGGCGGUUAUCAUCGCCAAUGUAUUAACCCCCUUAGCAGUCUUAGUAUUUUCGUCUGGGUUUUUCCCUUAUAAGCCAUUGAUACCAGGACUUGCAAGAUUUGAAGAUGGCGGCAACUACACUGCGACUCCAAAGGCUUUUGACAAGGUCAUUUUCAUGGUUAUCGAUGCUCUAAGGAGUGACUUUGUCUACUCUAAUAAUUCCGGGUUUCUAUUUACCCAAAGCCUGAUUCGAUCAGGAGCUGCACUGCCAUUCACUGCUUAUGCUAGUUCUCCAACUGUUACAAUGCCUCGUCUCAAGGCAAUAACAACUGGCUCAAAACCAUCUUUUCUGGAUGUAAUCCUGAAUAUUGCCGAGUCCGAUACUUCAUCGACUCUAGCAUAUCAAGAUACUUGGUUGGCACAGUUGAAGGCAAAUGGAGGCCAGCUUGUCAUGUAUGGUGAUGACACUUGGCUUAAACUGUUUCCCGGGAUGUUUGAAAGAGCAGACGGUACUACAAGUUUCUUUGUGUCGGACUUCAUCGAAGUGGACAAUAACGUAACUCGUCACGUCUCUACUGAGCUUUCCCGUGACGACUGGUCAGCAUUCAUCAUGCAUUACCUUGGAUUAGAUCACAUUGGACAUAAAGCCGGUCCUCAGAGCCCUUACAUGACAACAAAGCAACAGGAGAUGGACUCCAUUGUUGCCAAUAUAUAUACCAGCAUGGAGCAGCAACAACAUUUGCAGUCCACUCUUUUUGUCUUAUGUGGUGACCAUGGGAUGAACGAUGCCGGAAAUCAUGGCGGCUCAUCCGUGGGUGAGACAUCGCCCGCAUUGCUCUUUAUUUCUCCUAAGUUUCAAGCCUUGGAUAUCCUCAGACAGUCUCCGACAGACUCGCACAGCGACUUCCAGUAUUACCGAACCGUUGAGCAAACAGACAUAACUCCAACUUUGGCAGGGCUUUUAGGCUUACCGAUACCAUUGAAUAGUCUGGGUGUAUUUAUCCCAGAACUUCUCGACCUGUGGGAAACGAGAUCGCAAAGAAUUGACGUGUUACUCUCGAAUUCCCGACAGAUCCUGAGAAAGAUGAACGAGAUGUUUCCUAACCGCAGUUUCGAUAUCAACUCGAUGGAUAUCGCCUGCGAUAGCGGGCCUUUAGUCGGCGUUGAUCUGGCGCUCUGUGCAUGGUUUCGGGUCAAUAUCUUGCUUCAAAACUCCGGCGGAGCCGACAAAAAUGACCUUUAUCCCGAGCUUGAGUCUGCCUUGUUUGUGUUCUUGAAACAGGCACAGGAGGUAAUUAGUAGCGCAGCUAGCGACUACGAUCUCAGAAAUCUUCUUCUGGGCUUAGCCAUCACUUCUUUCGUUGUCCUGCUUCCUCUCCCUACGAUUUAUACUCUGCUCUGUAAGUCUGGGUGUGCUGGGGCAUUCUUUGCACUGUGUCUCCUAGGCUACGGUGGCAUGAUGUUCGCUAGUAGCUAUGUUGAGGAAGAGCAACAAUUCUGGAAUUGGAUGUUUACUGCAUGGGUAUUUUGCCUACAUGUAAGAUCAUCCAUUCUUCCACGUUGCUCCAUGCCCUCCCAGGAGAGGAAUACAAGAUUCUAUCGCCUAUAUGAUUUGUGUUAUUCCAAUUUUGGUGCGUUGGCGCUGCUCCUAUCACAUAGGGUUUUGAGGCGCUGGAACCAAACUGGUCAGAAAUUUGCUACUGAUCCAGACAUCGCUCGGACAUUUUUCCCUUCGCAUCGGCUAAUACUCUGGUUUCUCGUUAUCUUAACAUAUGCCAACACUUGUAGGCAUCUCUUAGCCCACCGUCUAUCAAAGCUUUGGCAGCUAUGUUGUGUCACAAUGGCAUUGAGCGCAUUCUUCUUGAAGCUGUCAUAUGUGGCAUCAGAUUCCCCUGAACUUCUCCCUGAAGCUUUGCUUGUCCUUUGGAAGAGGGGGUUCGAUGGAGGGUCUACUGUCCUCUUUACGCGGCUGGUCGUAGUCGGGAUUAUGUUUCUCAUUCCAUUAUCAAUGUGUAUCAGAAAUAUUCCGCAACUGCGUGAGAUGAGAGUGGUCCCGAGUACCGUCUUCCAUGACGCCCUCACCCUUUUCUUGGUAACUCAAUCACGAGCUACGAACAUUCCGAUAUUUCUAAUACUCAGAGCCCAUGCGAAUAUACUUGCUACGAUGAAUCUUUCUGCCCUCGAGCUAGCUAUCACAUCUUUGAUCGCGCAGUAUAUGACCUUCUUCGCAUUUGGAGGUUCGAAUUCAAUAGCCACAGUCGACCUUUCCAAUGCAUAUAAUGGCAUCGGCACCUAUAAUGUCGUCUUGGUUGGGAUCUUAACAUUUAUAAGUAACUGGGCAGGGCCAAUAUGGUGGGUAUCAGCUGCUCAGGUUCUCCGGCUAAACCAGGCUAGGCAUGAAAGAGAGAGUCACAUGGCUGUUCUCACAUUCCACAUGGCAGCCACAUUAUUGUCGGUUAUGGCUGCAUGCACGAUCCUGAGGUCGCAUCUUUUCAUCUGGACGGUCUUCUCUCCCAAGUAUCUCUAUGCAAUGGCGUGGGCCAUCCUCAACCACUUGGCCGUUAACUUGCUUGGCGAGGUCUUGCAUCUAAUAUCAUCCAAACUGGCGAACCAUUCAGCAGUGGAGUUGUUAUAG